UGCAGGGAGACCUGCCAGGGCCAUGAGUGCGGUCUGGCCUCGUUGCCCGACACGAUCCUCUCGACCAUGUUGGGCUUGAAGUAGGCCGUCCCGCAGUCUUUGGGCCAGUCUAAGAAUUAAAAAAACACCGUUUAGACCGGAACCAUGUUUUUUUUUUUUUUUUUUUUCUAGGUAUAAUAAGUGUGUUGGUGUGUGCGCGCUCACCCAGGUGCAACACCUUGUGCUGAGGCUGCCUACCGGGCGUCGGCGUGUACCCGGCCCGACUCAGCGGCGGCAGCAGCAACAGCAAACAGGCGACGUGAAGCGGGGCGUCCGUCAUGGUCAUCUACACCAUCGCCCGGCCUGUGUACAACCCUGACAUUUAUAGCGGGAAGCAAGCGGACGUCCAUUGACAGGUCUGAUGGUUCUGUUGGCUGCCGGCCUGUCUGCGGGUCUCCUGGUGCUUCUCCUGCUGAUCCUGGUCAUGUUCUACCUGUGGAGGAGGGCGAGGGAUCGCAGUCAGUACCAGGAGCUGGACGCCGCCGUGGCCCCCGUCCCAGCAUGCACUGCUCAAGCCCUGCAGGUUUCUCAAGGCCCCUGGGUCAAGCCCGUGGAGAUCCCCUUCACGUUGCCUCCUCGCUUCACCACGCCAACCCGGACCAACCCGAAGACCGAGGAGAAGGCGGCGGUGAUGAAGACCGACCUUCUCGCCCAUCGAGGUUCUCUCUCAGUCCAAAGUUGGUACCCGGUGGGGACGCUGCUCGCCGACUUGUACUCCAGCCCCGCCCUCGGCGAGGUGGUGGCGCCCCCGCCCGGCAUGGCCACCCGCCUCUGCUUCUCCGUGGAGUAUCGCCACCGCAGCGAGCAGCUGGCGGUCUCCCUCCUCCGCCUGGGUAACCUCCCGCCGCGUUUCCACGGAAACGUCACCCUGGUCCAGCUCCGCCUGCUCCCGGACGACCGGCGGCCCCGCCAGGCCAAGGCCAGAUGCACGGGGCCCGACCCGGAGUUCCACGACUGCUUCCUGUUCCAGGUGUCGGGCGCCCGCGUGACCCGCGCCACCCUAAGCGUGGGCGUGCUGAGCGUGGCGCAGGACGGCAAGCGGCAGGCGGUGGGCAGAGUGCUGUUCCCCCUGCAGGGAGAACUGGGCCAGGCUGGCAGGGUCCUCUGGAGGGACCUGGAGGCCGAAGACCACCACCACUGUUCAGAGUGGGGGGAUGUGUUGGUGUCUCUGAGCUACAGUCCGUCUCUCCAGCGCCUCUCGGUGGAGGUGGUGAGGGCUCGAGGACUUCAGCUGGUCACGGACUCAGGCGUGUGCGUCCAGGUGAGCUUGCAGAUCCACACCCAGGUGGUGAAGACUAAGCGCGGCGGCGUGGUCAAGGCGGACCGCGACGCCAACCUGGACCACAAGAUGGCGUUCAAGCUGCGGCCCGAGCACCUGGACGAGGCCUGCCUGAGAUUCCUGGUCCAGCAGCCUAGCCACACCCCCUCAGAACCGUGGAUCCCGCUGGGGGUUCUGGUCUUGGGACCCUUCAUGUAUGCUCGAGGUCCCCAGCUGCAGCACUGGAUGGACAUGGUCAACACGGCGCAGGAGUCCGUCAAAGUCUGGCACGGACUGGGCAGGUCCACAUAAAUCAAUUAUACUAAUCAAUUAAAAAAUAAAAGACAUUUAUACCAAAACUUCAAAAUAAAAGGUGAGAAAAAUGCUGGUAAAACUCCACUCUGUAGGAUGGGAAGCAACAUGAAGGUGUUCUGUUUCUUUCAUGUAUUGUGAUCUACAGGGCUGAGUUUUUCCUUGCCCUUAUGUGGGCUCUGUACCAAGGAUGUCGUGGUUUGUGCAGCCCUUUGAGACACUUGUGAUUUAGAGCAACCUUUUUGAAAGCAAGAGCUACUUCUUGGGUACUGAUUAACGCCAAGGUCUACCAGUUUGAUACACACUUAAAUAAGUUGCCAGAAAUAGCCAA